GAAUUAUCUGAUUCGUCCAUAUUCAACCAGAAAUUUUUUUCAGUGUAGGCGAUAGGGCAAUGCCCCAAGCCAAUCGCGCUUCUUGCAUCUAUUUAACAAAUAGACGAAAGCAGGACUUGUCGGGAGCUAAACAAUUUUACCUAAUGCCCUAAGAAAAGGUCGCUAAUCGAUAUUUAAGAGCUAGCGAUCCGCGAACGUAAAGGGGAAUGCGAUUAUAAAUGAGCAUCCAGUUUUCAAGCCGUGGUGGGUGCGUCGCGCAACUCCCGUCCCCGCGUUACUUUUAAUUCCGAAAGAGAUGAUGGCACCCUCUACGUAACACCGGUUCGUCCAGAAUAACAAAUAAUUCUACUUCCUCGUGUUCUAAUUCCUGUUUGCAGAGCCAUGAGACUAGCGGCAGUGCUGACGUUGCUGUGCUGUCUGGCGAUAGGGGCACUCGCCUCGCCGGUGCCCAAGAUCGCUGACAGCAAGAUGUCGACUCAGAAUGUCAUUGCCACCGGCAGGCAAUCGCCCGCGGCGCCAGCCGCCGUCGACGACGAUGACGACGACGACGAUGACGACGACGUCGAUUUAGAUAUCACCGACGACGACGACGACGACGACGACGACGACGACGACGACGACGACGACGACGACGACGAUGACGACGACGGUGAUUACUUGGAGCGGUUCAUUGAAGAUAUACUUGGAGGUGAGAAAUCGACUGCACUGUUCUCUCAACGAGUGUUGGAUAAUCCAUUCAUGUCGCCCGAUCUAAUAACAGCACUAUAUCAAAUAUAUUAUCAAUCUACAAUAUGCCAUUGUGAACUUGCAGGAGAGGACGACGACGACGACGAGGAGGAAGAAGCUGUUGCCGCACCGGUACCUGUUGCCGCCGCGACAGUUUCCACCCCUGUGAAUUCGCAGCAGGUGCCGCUCGCCGUGGCGGCUGAUCUGAAUCAGGCGGCGGCCGAGGAAGCUGCGGAGGAUGCUGGGUCGAGCGAGACGUCCGAGGACGAGACCAGCAGCUACGAGGACGAGGAGGCGGGCGAUGUCGAGGGUGCAGCUGCGUCGAGUGUGCACGAGUCAACGCUCGAAGGUGCCGAGUCCAUCUCGAAUCCGGUAUCAGUCCAGGCCGUCGGGGCAGCGGUUUCGCCCGGCGUCGCGGCGGCUGCUCCGUCCAGCGACGAGGACGACGACGACGAUGACGACGAUGACGACGACGUAGACUUGGACAUCACGGACGACGACGAUGACGACGACGACGACGAUGACGACGACGACGACGACGACGACGACGACGACGACGACGAAGUGGAUGACAUCGCCGACAUCGCCGACGCUAGGCACGCACGUGAGUUCAAGGGCAAGAAGGCCAAGAAACAUAGCGUCAAGCACCCUCGCAAGUCGCGUAGCAUGGAAUCCGAAUCGAGCGGUCACGUGCCGGCGAUUUACGUGGCAAAAUACAAUCGCUUCGUCGACAUUAUUCUCGGCAAGAUCAACAACAUUCUGCGCACCAAUUACGAGCCGGUGACCGUGAAACUGACGAAUCCAAAUUCAAGCUCUAAAACGAGCAAGAACAAGAACAAGAGCAAGAGGAAGGGCACCAAGAAAGGCACCAAAAAGAGCGCCUCGAGACCGAUCGACGAGUCCGCUGUCACUGAGAGGAGCGACAAUGAAAAUGACGUCGAGAAAGUCACGCAGAUCGUUGAGUCUGUCGUAACGCAAACGAGCGCAACGGAAAAGGAACCAAUUUCACUGGAAUCUCCCACAGAAACCAGCGUGAGAGCUAACAACAGGCGUACGUCCAACAAGAACAAGAACCCUACUAAGAAUCGCAAACGAACGAAGAACAGGACGAAGAAUCAAAGCAGCGGCAACAAGAACAAAACGAAAUCUAAGAGCAGACCGAAAGCGAGAGCCACCCUGUACGGACUGGCGUCCUUGCAGAGGACGGGCGACGUAUCGGUGAACAUGAUGAGCGAUCACACGACAAUCAAGACCAAGUUCAGCCUGGGGCCACUGGUGCUGAAGGUCGAGAAAGAGUUUGGCCGGGCUGCGAAGAAAGAGCUGAGGAGCGCGACCGCCACCACGGCCGAGAUGUCCGGCAAGCUGAGCCUACGUGUGUUGCACGGCGGUGCGGCGACGCUGCAUUCUAUUCGGGUUUUGCAACCUAAACAAGUUCGAGUGGAAAGCCAGGACGACCACGACAGAACGCGGGAGUUCGUGUGGAAGAGAUCGUCGCAUAUCGCGCAUUUGGUGUCGCAGAAACUUUCCUCGGCCACCAGGUCUAUGCUUCGACCGCCGCCUGUCUCACCCGCAGCUUAAAUCACACACUUCUGCCGCUCCUUGGUCCAACUGAAACCGCCAGUAAUCGCCGAUCGAAGUGACAAUUGAUCCACGAGGAAUCCUCGUCAGAAGAUCGAAUGCAACGCGGUGUAUAUCGUUUUACGGAGUAUACAUCUGCCAUCGAAUCGCCAAAGCGCGAUGACUUCGGUGGACUGGUUAACUCGAUUUAUAUUAAUAAGAUGAUUUUUUUUCACUCGCGAGAUAAGCAAAGCACUCGCGAGAGAAAGUAACGUUGAAAACGCAUACACGAUGUCCCACUUGCAACUGCGUUAUUUAUUUUUUUAAUCGCUCGAUCAAUUCGUCGAUUUUUCCUCGAGAGAAACGUCGAGGUAUCAAUAGUUUCUCAAUUAACAAUUGAAAAUAAAAAGUCUCUGGCGAACUAGGCUGCGGCAAAAGUAUGACAAAAAAUUAUAAAAUUAUACUCGAUUCAUGAAUACCGCGUGGUCUUCGUUUUAUGAUCAGUGAUAAUUUAUCUGAAAUAUUUUCGCUAAGAAGAGAACCGGGAAUUCAGAAGUAAUGGAGCAGAAAAGGGACAUCCUCUAAUACAAUUACGGAUUUAACGUUGGACCAAUAUUUCGGCCGUAUUUUAUUAAUUAUUUAUUUAUUUAUUUAUUUGUCAUAUAGUUUGUAAUUUCUCUUCAGAAAAAGUCUGAUAUAUGUACUCUAGGAAUACGGUUAAAUGUCGAAACACGUAGAUGCAAGCCAUUAUAUGAAUUAGGUUGAUUUGUUUAGAUAAAUGUAAAGAAGUCUGUUGCCAGAAUAUUAGAAUAUAAAAUAUAUACACGACACACGAUGCGUUCACGAUCCUUGAUCUUUACGUUUCCUACUUUGCAAG